AUGCCCAAAGUCUUCCUGGUGAAGAGGAGGAGCCCGGGAGUCUCCGUCCGCAGCUGGGAUGAGCUCCCGGAUGAGGAAAGGGCAGACACCUACAUCCCAGUGGGCGCCAGUAAUUGCCCGGCGGCGGGACCGUUGGCUGCCGCGCGGGCCGAGGUGAACCGAAGGAGGGGAGACCGAAGGCCAGUAGGGGCUACUCUUAGUCCCACGUCCUCAUGGGAUUGCACCAGGAUCCGUCAGCCCCUCGGGCUGGUGGGCCUGGACCGUCUGCUCCACGACCCCCCCGAGGACUGCCGCAGCGACGGCGGCAGCAGCAGCAGCAGCGGCGGCAGCAGCAGCGCGGGGGAGCCUGGAGGCGCCGAGAGCAGCUCGUCCCCGCGCGCCCCCGAACGCGAAAUCUCCGAGCCCGGCGACGCCGAGGGCCCGGGCGGACACCUGGCGGUAAUGCAGCGCCCGGUCGCCAGGUCGAAAAUCAAGUUCACCACAGGCACAUGCAGCGACCCCGCGGCCCACAGCUGCGAGCUGUGCGGCAAGGCCUUCCGGCUGCAGCGCAUGCUCAACCGGCACCUCAAGUGCCACAACCAGGUGAAGAGGCACCUGUGCACCUUCUGUGGCAAGGGCUUCAAUGACACCUUUGACCUGAAGAGGCACGUCCGUACACACACAGGCAUUCGCCCCUACAAAUGUGACAUCUGCAACAAGGCCUUCACCCAGCGCUGCUCCUUGGAGUCCCACCUGAAGAAGAUCCACGGGGUGCAGCAGCAGUAUGCCUACAAGCAACGCCGGGACAAGCUCUACGUCUGCGAGGAUUGUGGCUACACGGGCCCCACCCAGGAGGACCUGUACCUGCACGUGAACAGUGCCCACCCAGGCAGCGCCUUUCUCAAAAAGACGUCCAAAAAACUAGCGGCUCUUUUGCAAACCAAGCUGAUGUCCAUGCGCCCAGGGAAUGCCAACCUGAGCGAGGAGGAGGAGAAGUGAGGAGGAGGAAGAAGCCAGAGCUGCCGCGUUUACAGGGAUUUGGGGUCUUGAAGGUUUCCCCAACCCCACUUGGGUUCAGUUCAUCCCUCUUGCCCUUCCGGGGCCGGAGGUGGAGCUGGGGGAUCUGUUCUAAGGGUCAUCAGUGAGAAUCGUGGUGUCAGGCCCCCUGUAAACCACAUCCUGUUGACAGUCACAUUAACAAAAGUUUGUGGAUGGUCAUGAUCACUGUAAGGCAUUUUUCUUUCUUUCUCUCUCCUUU